AUGUCAUCAACAUUCUUAUCAUUGUUUGAUUUGUUGGCAUCAAGAUUCAGAUCAGAUUCUGGUGGUGAAAACAAUGGACAGGGUGGUAUGAGUGUUCAAGUUGGCGAUCAGUCCGAAUCAUCUGAUCUGUCGGGACACUCUCAACCAAGAUCAAGAUCACAUACAGAGACUGUCAGACCAUCCAACCUACCACUACCAAAUAGAUCACCAAUACAAUCAAGACAAAAUAGAUCAAUGACAACUCAAUAUGAUCCUUCUCUUCCACCACCACAAACUGGAAAUCAAAAUAAUAAUAAUAAUCAGAAUAAUCAGAAUACAUUGACAGUUCCAGGACAACCACCAAGAAAUCCAAAUAGACGUAGUACAAACAUGCCAAGAAGAGGAACAGUUGUUGAUCAAAAUGGAAAUACUACUACUACUACUACUACCACUCUACAAGUACCAAAUGGUCCACCAGGACUCAAAGUAUCACCACAACAUAAAAGAAGAUCAACAGUUGUUAGACCACCAUCCAAUGUAAAUUUACCUUUAAACAAUAAUAAUAUAAAUAAUAAUAAUAAUAAUAAUAAUAGUACAUCCACCACCACAACUACCACCACAACUUCAACGAAUAAUAAUAAUAAUGAAGAAAUUGUAACAUUAACAAUCCCAAAAGAUACUCAACAACAAACUACUACUACUACUACUCCAACUACAACUUCACCAAUAAUAAUGACAGAUUCAUUAGUUUUAAGAGUACCAAAUAUUGUAGUUGGAUCAACAAAUGAUUUUGAAGCGAUAGUAGUUAAUAGUACACCCAAUUCACCGGAAACUAUGACACAAUCAAAUGAUCCACUUGUACCAUUUGUACCACCACUUGAUCUUCAACCAAACUCAAAUGGAGAACAUGGUAUUGAAAUGACUACAAUGGGAGAUGAUGAUAAUACAGAAGAUGACCAAUACUCGUACGAUGACUAUGACCCCGAUAUUCCAACCGCCGGAGAAUUUGCCACUGAAGAAGAUUUGGAAAUGGCUACCAAAGGAGAUGGAGAAGAAGAAGAAGUAGAGGAAGAAAAGCCAAUGAUAUUCACACACAAAUCAUUUUUCAUCAAUAUUGGUAAAUACUUUGGUUCCAUGUUGGGUAUGGUUAUCUUGGUGUCUUGUGUAGCCGUUGCAUACGGUCUCUUUGAAAUUUAUGCAGGUUGUAGAUUUGUUGAUAAUACUGAAUAUAGCACAUGGCCAUUUUGGGGUGUUGUAACUCAUUCAAUUUCUCGUAUUGUCUUGAAUACUGCAUUAUGUAUGUAUCCAUAUUUAUUAUUGACAAUGUUUUUUGGAUUUAAAAAGACUAUGGUAUGUUUAUGGAUAAGUCUUGGAGCAAGUAUUGGCGCGUCGGUAUGGUCGACAUACAAUGUUGUCAAUCCCGUUUUAAAUCAGACCGUUGCACUGCUACCUUCCUAUUUCUUCUUUGUCGUUGCAUUGUUGGGUAGUACGAGUUAUCUUAGUCGAAAGAUAGGGUCGCCUACUUUCCGUCACUUGUUCCUCGGCCAGUUUGUUUUGGCUGCCAUUAUUCUCAUCAUCUAUGAUUUCCUCUUGGUUCCCUUUUACAUUACGACCACGUCGAUCAACAAGUCGGUGGUGCGUAUCGUCAUCCAUCCCGGUCUCUGUGCCGCCGCCCUCUUUGUGUCGCGUGCCUGCUCGAGUCGUAUCAAGCCCGAUGUUCCAGGCACUAAUGUCUUCCCCGUACUCAUUUUCAUGUGGUUCUCGACGUACUAUGGUCGCUUCUUUAACAGCGUCAUGUCGCUCGGUUUCAUGACCGGUACCAUGGUGAUCGUCUCGUUGCUCGAGUUGGUGUGGCGUACCACCCUCCGUCCACGUGACAAGAGAAUCAUGAACGCCAUCUGCGGUUAUUGUUUCAAAAAGGAAUUGACGCACAGUAACGACUUUGCCAAAAUCUAUAGAGACUUUUUAAGACAUGAACAAUUAUAUGAAAAUACUUCAAUUUUAACUGCAUGCGCCAUUUAUUUAGCAUUCUAUUCUGUAUUCCAAGAUGAUCUUGGAGGAAAUUACGCAAGAGUAUUAUCAAGUAUGGCAAUUCAAUUGGCACUAGAGUGGUCAACCGAUGCACUCUCAUUGUACAUUGAAUCAAGAGUACACAAGAUGGAAGUACUCAAGAUUGAGAAAUUACCAAAAGGUUUCUAUUUUAUGAUUUGCUACACUUUCUUUUUAGGCAUGGCCUACUCUACUUCACGUAUCAUUUUAAUUACAGAAGAUAAAUGGUUGUAA